AUGGGGAAAACCUUUUUUUACAUUGCCAAAACACGAAAUAAAACAACAAGUUCAUGGAUAUAUAAUUCAACAUCAGAAAUAAAAUAUCUCAUUCGUGUUAUAAGUUACGUUCGAGAAAACUUAAGUAAAGAAUUUUCUGCCAGCAUGAUAUUUAUAGUUUGUAUCUUUAUUAUUUAUGGGCUUUAUGUAUUAAAAGGAUAUUCAAGGUCUAAACAUGAACCACCGCCUCUAUCUAAUGGUCUCCCAAUAAUAGGACAUGCACAUCAACUCUUUGGAGGUGGUUUACGAUUGUGGGAAACUGUAAAAACCAAAUCACACGAAUGCUGUAAGGCUGGAGAUGUUACAACGCUAUCAUUGGGUCCCAUUAAAUGUUAUGUAUUAACAGAUGCUGGAGAUUUUAUGACUGUUGCGAACACGUGUUUAGAGAAAGGAAUUUUAUAUGAUUUUGCUAAACCGUGGCUUGGGGAGGGCUUGUUGACUGCACCGCUAGCAAAAUGGAAAACCCACAGAAAGUUACUAAAUACGGCAUUUAACCAGCAAGUUUUGGAUGGAUUUUUAGAUGUUUUCAAUAUCCAAUCGAGGCGUUUACUUGAACAAUUCGCUGUGGAAGAGGGAAAGGGACAUUUUGAUCCUGAAAAUUAUAUAAUGCGAAACUCCUUGGAAACAAUAUUCUUGACAGCAACAGGUAUAGAUUUAAGAGCCGACAAAACUCUCAACGAAAAUUACGUGACUCUAACGGAUAGAGUUCUCAGAAGUGUGGUUUACAGAUUCCAAAAUAUAUGGCUUUACAAAGAUUUUAUUUGGAAUAUGAGCAGUACAAAAAAGCAACAAGAUAAAGAUAUCGAGUUCUUACACGAUGUGGCAAACAUGAUUAUAAAGCAACGUAAAAAAACGUAUCUUCCUACUACGACUAAGGCCACAGGUAAUAAUCUUAAGUCAUUUAGCGAUAUGUUAUUUGAUCUGGAAGGUUCCAAUGGCGAAAGCGUUUUCUCUUAUCAGGACGUAAAAGAUCACGUUAAUACCUUGAUUGUGGCCGGUUAUGACACAGUUGCCACAAAUCUUGUAAUUACACUUAUCUUAAUCGGCUCGUAUAAGGAAGUUCAAGAUAAAAUCUACAAAGAGCUUGAAGAAGUAUUUGAACAGUCCGACAGGGAUGUUGAAAAGCGAGACUUACAACGUCUUACAUACUUAGAGGCAGUUAUAAAGGAAUCUUUGAGGUUGUACCCAACUGCUCCUGUUAUAAGCCGACUUAUUGACAAGGAUUUUAAACUAAAAAAUUAUACUUUAUAUUCUGGAAAUAAUUGUUUGUUGUCCAUAUAUGGUGCAAACCGACAUCCUGUGUGGGGUGAAGAUGCGAAUGAUUUUAAGCCGGAGAGGUGGCUGAACCCAGAAACCUUGCCGAAGAAUUCAAAUUAUUUUUUAUCUUUUAGCCUGGGAAGAAGAAAUUGUUUAGGUAAAGCUUAUGCGAUGAUGUGGUUGAAGACAAUUAUUUCACAUGUUUUGCGUAAAUAUCUAGUUACUGGGGAUCACAACAACAUUUUGUUUAGGUUUGAUUUCGUGCUUAAACCUCAUUCGGGUCGUUAUAUCGCUAUUGAGAAAAGAAAGUAA